AUGAGUUUUCUUAGAAAACUAACUCUUCAAAAUAACACCUUCAACAGUGAGAUUCCACAGGAAAUCGGAAGAUUAUUAAGGUUACAAAACUUAGAGCUCGCGAACAGUUCAUUUACUGGUGAAAUUCCUGUGGAACUAUCAAAUUGCUCUAGGCUCAUUUAUCUUGAUUUGGAUGGGAACAGACUGACCGGGAAAAUCCCCGUGGAACUUGGUUUGUAUUUCAGAAAUCUUCAGGUACUUUUUCUUAGAUCAAAUAAUAUAACAGGAGAGCUGCCAUAUUCUUUAGGUAAUCUUUCAUCUCUAAUUGCCUUAGCAGCACCAGAGAAUAGAUUAGAAGGAAGUAUACCAUAUUCAUUAGGCCAAUUGACUAACUUGAGCUAUAUUUCUCUUGGUGCUAAUAUGAUUUCUGGUGCUAUUCCACUUUCACUCUUUAACUUAUCUUCUCUUUAUCAUUUUGCUGCUCCAGUUAACCAACUAAAAGGAAGUCUUCCCAUAGAUAUUGGAUCGACUCUUCCAAGUCUUCGCUUACUUUAUUUGCACUCUAACUUAUUGAGUGGAGUGGUUCCAAGUUCCAUUUCUAACUUAACGAGACUUGAAAUUAUCUCAUUAUCAAGAAACCAGUUGACCGGAAAAAUCCCUUCUCUGGAAAAUCUUCAUUAUCUCCGGGGACUAGGAAUGCAUUUCAAUAAUCUUGGAACCGGGAGAGAAGAUGACAUGGAUUUCUUUUCUUCCUUGGUUAACAUUACCAGUUUUCGAGAGCUGAGUUUGAGUGUGAAUAAUAUAGGAGGCCAGUUGCCUAAGAAUAUUGGCAACUUCUCAACCAAGUUUAGAUCUAUUGGUUUUGCUAGGAACAAACUAUUCGGACGAAUACCUGAUGGAUUUGUAGAUCUCAGCAACAUGGAAAUAGUAAGUUUGGAGUAUAACCAAUUGAUAGGGGAAAUUCCAGUUAAUCUUGGUAGACUUCAAAAGCUCAAGUAUUUCUAUGUUAAUGGAAAUAAACUUUCUGGGAAAAUCCCUUCUUCCAUAGGAAACUUAACAUCUUUGUAUGGACUUAAUCUAGCUCAAAACAAUUUAGAAGGGACUAUUCCUUCAGUUCUUGGAAAUUGCAAGUUGUUGCAAAUGUUGUACCUUUCUCAAAACAGACUCAGUGGCACAAUACCAAAAGAAGUUCUUAGUAUCUCAGCCUUGUCAAUCCAACUAGACCUUUCUGGAAACCAAUUAAGUGGCACUCUUCCUCUUGAAAUAGGAAGUUUAGUCAAUCUCGGGUAUCUUGAUAUCUCCGACAACAAGUUAUCUGGAAAACUUCCGAGCACUUUAGGCAGUUGCAUUAGGUUGGAAAACCUCUAUGUUCAAGGUAACAUGUUUGAAGGUGUGAUCCCGUCGUCUUUAAGCUCCUUGAAAGGGCUGGUAUACUUGGACUUUUCGCGUAAUAAUUUCUCUGGUGUUAUUCCUAAGUACUUUGAAACUUUCACAUCAUUGAAAAGCUUAAAUCUGUCAUUUAAUAAUUUUGAGGGUGAAGUACCUCAAGGAGGAGUUUACAGUAAUGCAAGUGGAGCAAUAAUAAGUGGAAACAAAAAUCUUUGUGGAGGUUCUCAAGUGCUAAGGUUACCAUGUAAAGAUCCAAUUCCGAAGAAGAAAAGAUUAUCACCAACUCUAAGGAUAAUUAUUUCUGUUGCUUGUAGUUAUUUGGAGUAA